UAUGAAAUGGCAUGCUAUUGAAUGACCCAAUGAUGGGAAUAUAAGGCAUGUUGCUGAUGGGGAGGCUUGGAAGGAUUUUGAUUCCUUGCACGAACACUUCACUAGAGAUCCUCGCAAUGUUAGAUUGUGUCUUUCAAGUGAUGGUUUCAACCCGUUUCGAAGCAUCUCCCAUAGCAUAUGGCCUGUUAUGUUAAUGAACUAUAAUUUAUCACCGUGGAUUUGCAUGAAGCCGGAGUAUAUAAUGUUGUCUAUGAUCAUUCUAGGUCUAUCAUCCCCAGGACAGGAUAUUGAUGUGUACCUACAACCACUAAUUGUUGAAUUGAAGGAACUGUGGGAAACGGGGAUGGAAACAUAUGAUGCUGAUUCUAAUCAAACAUUUCAAUUGCGUGCAGCCUCAUUGUGGACCGUUAGUGAUUUUCCAGCCUUAGUAAUGCUUUCUGGAUAGAGCACUAAAGGAAGAAAGGCAUGCCCAACUUGUAAUCAUGACACAUGCUCUCAAUAUGUCAAACAUAGUCGUAAGAUGUGUUACUUGGGUUAUCGGGUAUUUUUGCCUCCUGAUUAUCCAUUCCGAAGAUAUAAGAAAUCCUUUGAUGGUAAGGAGGAUCAUAGAUCUACACCUACUCCCUUGUCAGGCACAGAAAUGUUAGAGGAACUGCGCGAAUUCAAUAAUGUGUUUGGAAAGGACCAAAAGAAACGGCGUCGGGUUAUUGAGGGUCCAUGCAAGAAAAGAUCCAUCUUUUUUGAAUUGCCAUAUUGGGCACAUAACAAAAUGAGGCACAAUCUUGAUGUGAUGCACAUAGAGAAAAAUGUUUGUGAUAGUUUGGUUGGGACUUUGUUGGAUUUAGCAACUGGAAAGUCAAAGGAUCAUGUAAAUUCUCGCUAUGACUUGCAAGAAAUGGGGAUACGAAAAGAGCUUCAACCAUUAGAUAAUAAUGGAAAAGUUUAUUUGGCUAAAGGUUGUUUCUCCAUGAAACCAGAAGAGAAGAAGUUGUUUUGCACUAUUUUAAAAAAUGCCAAAUUACCAAAAGGUUGUGUCUCAAAUAUAUCACGAUGUGUGGAAGUGGAUGAGAUGAAAAUAUCAGGAUACAAGAGUCAUAAUCCUCAUUUUAUAAUGCAUUACUUGCUCCAGGUUGCUGUUAGAAAAAUAUUGCCCAUGAAUGUUUCUAUGGCCUUGAUUAGGUUGGGGAACUUCUUUAGAGCCAUAUGUAGCAAGGUUAUAAGGCCAAGAGAUCUCGAUAAAAUACAAGCUGAGAUCAAUGAAAUUGUUUGCGACCUUGAAAAGAUUUUUCCUCCAAGUUUUUUUUUGAUAUAAUGGUACAUUUGCCCAUCCAUUUAGUAAAUGAAAUUAAGCUUGGGGGUUCGACGCAUCUUCGUUGGAUGUAUUCCACUGAAAGAAACUUAGGUAAGUUUAAGGGGUUUGUUCGUAAUCGAUCUAAUCCAGAAGGGUCAAUAGUGGAGGGGUUUUUGGCCGAAGAGUGCUUGAUUUUUUGUUCGAAAUACCUACAUGAUGGAGUGAAAACAAGAUUUAGUCGGUAUCAAUCAGAGGUUGAUGAGGGAAUUGAAAAAGAGGGAAAUAAUUUGCCACCUAUAUUCCCUAAGACCGGCCAUCCAAUUGGAAGUGGGGAAAAAAAAACAAGAAUUUUGACAUGAAUUUACAGUUAUGUUCCAAAACACAUCGAUAUGUUUUGUUCAAUACUGGAGAUGAACAAGUGGAGAACUUUAUCAAGGAACAUAAGAGCUUAAUUGAUAAUCAUAGUAGAUCAAAUGCAUGGUUAAGAGCAUAGAGUCAUAGUCGAGAAUUCGCCAAUUGGUUUAAAAAGAAAGUUAAAACCAUUGAGGUGCCCAAUCAUUUAAUACAGCUAGCUAAAGGGCCAAAUACGGUGGCAAAAAGAUAUACUGCAUAUUUCAUCAACGGAUAUUGAUUUCAUACAAUGAAGCGGGAUAGCAGAUGCAAGACUCAUAAUUAUGGAGUGACAUUGUCAGCAAUGACGGAUAGUUUUGUUAGCAAAAUCCCAUCGAUGGAGAGGUUGUCUAUUAUGGAUCUAUUAAGGAUAUCAUUGAGAUUGAUUAUUGGAUUUGCUUUAGUGUUGUAUUAUUUGAAUGUGAUUGGUUUCAUAAUGAAAUAGAUGAAUAUGGGUUAACUCGGGUAUACUUCAAUAAAUUAUGUAGUACUGAAGACCCCUUUGUACUAGCAUCUCAAGUGCAUCAAUAUUUUUAUGUGGAGGAUCCAAUUGAGAAAUAUGUUUAUUAUGCAAGGAACAAAGUCCCUGUUGAUUUGUAUGAUUUGGAGAAAGAGAAUUGCCCUAAUAUUGGAGACACAUUUUGGAGGGAGCCCAAUGAUGACAUCGGUUCAUCAAAUAGAUUACCCAAUGUUGACCUCACAUGGUCGAGAGAAGACGUACCUGGUGAUGUCACUGAUAUGCCAUCUCAUGUACAAGAUUCAGAAGAUAUGGAAACAUCAGAAGAAGAGGAUAACUUUGAUGAUACUGAUUGGGAUUGGAUGGUGGCUGAUGAUUGAAGAAGGGACUUUUCAGCUUCUUUUAAAUAUAUAUAUACAAAUAUGGAAACUUUAGAAUAUUUCUCUGUUACAUUUUCUUUUUUGUACCAUCGUUUUGAAAAAAACUGGAAAAGAAUGUGGAUCUUGCCACUUUGAUUAUUUUGUA